AUGAGCACCAUGCACCUGCUGACACUCGCCCUGCUUUUCUCCUGUUCCUUCGCCCGUGCCGCCUGCGACCCCAAGAUCGUCAACAUUGGCGCGGUGCUGAGCACGCGGAAGCACGAGCAGGUGUUCCGCGAGGCCGUGAACCAGGCCAACAAGCGACAUGGCUCCUGGAAGAUCCAACUCAACGCCACCUCCGUCACCCACAAGCCCAAUGCCAUCCAGAUGGCCCUGUCGGUGUGCGAGGACCUCAUCUCCAGCCAGGUCUACGCCAUCCUAGUCAGCCACCCACCCACCCCCAAUGACCACUUCACCCCCACCCCCGUCUCCUACACAGCCGGCUUCUACCGCAUCCCCGUCCUGGGGCUGACCACCCGCAUGUCCAUCUACUCAGACAAGAGCAUCCACCUCAGUUUCCUGCGCACUGUGCCGCCAUACUCCCACCAGUCGAGCGUCUGGUUCGAGAUGAUGCGCGUCUACAGCUGGAACCACAUCAUCCUUCUGGUCAGCGACGACCACGAGGGCCGCGCGGCGCAGAAGCGCCUGGAGACGCUGCUGGAGGAGCGCGAGUCCAAGAGUAAAAAAAGGAACUAUGAAAACCUCGACCAACUGUCCUAUGACAACAAGCGCGGACCCAAGGCGGAGAAGGUGCUGCAGUUCGAUCCAGGGACCAAGAACGUGACGGCCCUGCUGAUGGAAGCACGGGAGCUGGAGGCCCGGGUCAUCAUCCUCUCUGCCAGCGAGGACGACGCUGCCACCGUGUACCGUGCAGCCGCGAUGCUGAACAUGACGGGCUCGGGGUACGUGUGGCUGGUGGGGGAGCGCGAGAUCUCGGGGAACGCCCUGCGAUACGCCCCAGAUGGCAUCAUCGGGCUGCAGCUCAUCAACGGCAAGAACGAGUCGGCCCACAUCAGCGACGCGGUGGGCGUGGUGGCCCAGGCCGUGCACGAGCUCCUGGAGAAGGAGAAUAUCACCGACCCGCCGCGGGGCUGCGUGGGCAACACCAACAUCUGGAAGACCGGGCCGCUCUUCAAGAGAGUGCUGAUGUCUUCUAAGUACGCGGAUGGGGUCACCGGUCGUGUGGAGUUUAACGAGGACGGGGACCGGAAGUUCGCCAACUACAGCAUCAUGAACCUGCAGAACCGCAAGCUGGUGCAAGUGGGCAUCUAUAAUGGCACCCAUGUCAUCCCCAAUGACAGGAAGAUCAUCUGGCCAGGCGGAGAGACAGAGAAGCCCCGAGGGUACCAGAUGUCCACCAGGCUGAAGAUCGUGACAAUCCACCAGGAGCCUUUCGUGUACGUCAAGCCCACGCUGAGCGAUGGCACGUGCAAGGAGGAGUUCACGGUCAACGGCGACCCCGUCAAGAAAGUGAUCUGCACUGGGCCCAACGACACAUCGCCGGGCAGCCCACGCCACACGGUGCCUCAGUGCUGCUACGGCUUCUGCAUCGACCUGCUCAUCAAGCUGGCGCGGACGAUGAACUUCACCUAUGAGGUGCACCUGGUGGCUGAUGGCAAGUUCGGCACGCAGGAGCGGGUGAACAACAGCAAUAAGAAGGAGUGGAACGGGAUGAUGGGCGAGCUGCUCAGCGGUCAGGCGGACAUGAUCGUGGCGCCGCUGACCAUCAACAACGAGCGCGCGCAGUACAUCGAGUUCUCCAAGCCCUUCAAGUACCAGGGCCUGACCAUUCUGGUCAAGAAGGAGAUCCCCCGGAGCACGCUGGACUCGUUUAUGCAGCCCUUCCAGAGCACGCUGUGGCUGCUGGUGGGGCUGUCGGUGCACGUGGUGGCCGUGAUGUUGUACCUGCUGGACCGUUUCAGCCCCUUCGGCCGGUUCAAGGUGAACAGUGAGGAAGAGGAGGAGGACGCGUUGACCCUGUCUUCGGCCAUGUGGUUCUCCUGGGGUGUCCUGCUCAACUCAGGCAUCGGAGAAGGGGCCCCCCGAAGCUUCUCCGCACGCAUCCUGGGUAUGGUGUGGGCCGGCUUCGCCAUGAUCAUCGUGGCCUCCUACACCGCCAACCUGGCAGCCUUCCUGGUACUGGACCGGCCCGAGGAGCGCAUCACCGGCAUCAACGACCCGCGGCUGAGGAACCCCUCAGACAAGUUUAUCUACGCGACGGUGAAGCAGAGUUCGGUGGACAUCUACUUCCGGCGGCAGGUGGAGCUGAGCACCAUGUACCGGCAUAUGGAGAAGCACAACUACGAGAGCGCGGCCGAGGCCAUCCAGGCCGUGCGGGACAACAAACUGCACGCCUUCAUCUGGGACUCGGCGGUGCUGGAGUUCGAGGCCUCACAGAAGUGCGACCUGGUAACUACAGGCGAGCUCUUCUUCCGCUCUGGUUUCGGCAUCGGCAUGCGCAAGGACAGCCCCUGGAAGCAGAACGUCUCCCUGUCUAUCCUCAAGUCCCAUGAGAACGGCUUCAUGGAAGACCUGGACAAGACGUGGGUGCGGUACCAGGAGUGUGACUCGCGCAGCAAUGCUCCUGCUACUCUCACCUUUGAGAACAUGGCAGGGGUCUUCAUGCUGGUGGCUGGAGGCAUCGUGGCUGGGAUCUUCCUGAUCUUCAUCGAGAUUGCCUACAAGCGACACAAGGACGCUCGCCGGAAGCAAAUGCAGCUGGCCUUUGCAGCGGUGAACGUGUGGAGAAAGAACCUGCAGGAUAGAAAGAGUGGUAGAGCAGAGCCCGACCCUAAAAAGAAAGCCACAUUUAGGGCUAUCACCUCCACCCUGGCUUCCAGCUUCAAGAGACGUAGGUCCUCCAAAGACACGAGCACCGGGGGUGGACGCGGCGCUUUGCAAAACCAAAAAGACACAGUGCUGCCGCGACGCGCUAUUGAGAGGGAGGAGGGCCAGCUGCAGAUGUGUGCCCGUCAUAGGGAGAGCUGAGAAGCCCCGCCCGCCCUCCUCUGCCCCCCUCCCCCGCAGACAGACAGACAGACGGACGGGACAGCGGCCCGGCCCACGCAGAGUCCCGGAGCACGACGGGGUCAGGGGGAGGAGCGCCCCCCAGCCUCCCCCAGGCCGCGCCCGCCUGCCCGCCGGUCGGCGGCUGGCCGGCCCACCCGUCCAGGCCCCGCGUGUGCCCCCCGAGCCUCGGGCUAACGGGCACCUUGUCUGUGUAUUUCUAUUUUGCAGCAGUACCAUCCCACUGAUAUCACGGGCCCGCUCAACCUCUCAGAUCCCUCGGUCAGCACCGUGGUGUGAGGCCCCCGGAGGCGCCCACCUGCCCAGUUAGCCCGGCCAAGGACACUGAUGGGUCCUGCUGCUCGGGAAGGCCUGAGGGAAGCCCACUCGCCCGAGACUGCCCACCCUGGGCCUCCCGUCCAUCCAUCCGCCCUGCUGCCUGGCGGGCAGCCCCUGUUGGACCGAGGCGCCGAGCAGAGCGGCUGAGGACGGGCCAGAGCUGAGCUGGCUGGGCAGGGCCGCAGGGUGCUCCGGCAGAGGCAGGGCGCUGGGGUCUCUGAGCAG